UAUGUUUCUCUAUUGCUUGCUCCCGAAAGUUUUAACAACGAACAUAAACCACUUGUUCUAGAGGAAGAUGAUACUUUAUAUCUUUCUCAUCUUUUCUCUCCUAUCGUCUUCCUCUUAUGCUGCCGUGAACGACUUCUGCGUGGCGGACUUGUCAGGUCCUGACGGCCCUGCAGGUUACUCUUGCAAGAAGCCGGCAACUGUUUCAGUAAACGAUUUCGUUUACUCUGGCUUAGCCAGUCCUGGUAAAAUCUCAAGCCUCAUCAAAGCUGCCGUGACGCCGGCCUUUGUUGACCAAUUCCCCGGCUUAAACAGCCUUGGAAUCUCCAUGGCUCGUUUAGACUUGGCAGUCGGCGGCGUUGUGCCAAUGCACACCCACCCAGGAGCUUCAGAAGUGUUACUUGUGGUGCAAGGUUCAAUCUGUGCUGGUUUCAUUUCCUCUGCUAAUUCUGUUUACUUCAAAACUCUUAAGAAGGGAGACAUUAUGGUAUUUCCACAAGGGUUAUUGCAUUUUCAAAUCAAUGCAGGGGGGACUCCUGCACUUGCAUUUGUUAGCUUCAGUAGUGCAAGACCAGGUCUCCAGAUCCUUGACUUCGCCUUGUUUGCAAACGAUUUGCCUUCUCAAAUAGUAGAGAUGACUACCUUCCUUGAUGAUGCUCAAGUUAAGAAGCUCAAGGGUGUUCUUGGUGGCACAAACUGAGGUCUCUGGAGAUUUUUCUUUCAGUCACCUUUUUGUUUUUCGGUUUUAUUUGUUAUGAGAAUGACUCCAGUCAGUGGCAGUUUGUUAAUUGUAAGUUGUUAUAGUCUAGUUAGUGUUUUUGUAUUGCUUCUUGAAGUUGAAUUGUGUUCUUAAGGACAGCAUUUUGAGUGAAACUUGCAAAAAAUAUGUGAGGCAAAUGCCAUUCUGUUGGACGAUGUUUGAUCAAUAAAUGCCAUGUUUUGAUA